CCGAACAAUAUUCCAUCUCUUCACAGUGAAAUAAAAAUACUUCGAAGCUUAUUUAUAAGGCUGCACAGUGUGUGAAGAACGGCAAAUAUGGCAACGAAAAUGGACUAUUUAAAACGAUAUAUGGAACCUGAGGAGCCGAAGAAAAAAAUUAAAACUAGAAAGAAGGUCAAAUUGGCGAAACUACCGAAUUUAAAAAUUUUUGAUGCAAACGUCGAUAUGAAAGACGUCAGGACUGGCUCAAAUUCAGAGGAGUCGGAAAAUGUGGGGAGUCUAGGCGAAGAUGCUCCGCAGGUGGCCGCCGUCGUUGACGAACAACCCCCAGAAAUGCGCUCAUUUAGUAAAACUUUAAGGGAGGUGCCUUUUAUCGAAAAGGAUUCACAUCAAAAUGCAAGCUCCUCAUGUCGUCGUGAUUCUAGAAGUCCAUCAUAUGCUAGUCCAGUCAGGCGUCGGAAACGAAGAGAUUCAUCGUCCGAUGAAAGCCCUCUGAGAAAAACUACAGAACGAAAUUACCAGAGCAAAUGCCGAGAUUUAAAUGCGAGUGCCCUACGAAAGCGACGGGACUCGAACGAUAGCCCUUCUAGACAGCAACGAGACUCAGACGAAAGCCCUCCAAGAAAUCGAGCAAAGGUGGGAACUGACUCAGAUGCCAGUCCUCCCCGCAUGGACCGUUGGAAUACGCAGAAACAGAAAAAUGAGGAGGGACAUGAGGGCCGCCGUCAAGCAGAUAGCAGCCCGCCUCGUAGACGACGAAAAAAUGAUAAACGAGGCGACCCGGAACGACCUGAACGAGAAAUCACGCAAGCAGAAGUACUCGAUACACCCGACGUUAUCAGCUUACGGAACACCAAGAAACAGGCGGCUGAAGCUGCCAAAAAGGAGCAAGCAGAAAAGGAAGCUCGUCGUAAAGCGGUUUAUGAACAAUGGAACUCCGGAGUGGUUCAAAGGAAACAACGGGAACAGCUUAUUGAAGAUGCAGUACAUGAAGCCUCAAAGCCCCUAGCCCGAGCGGCGGAUGAUGCUGACCUUGAUGAAAGGCUCCGCUGCGUUGUGCAUGCCGACGACCCAAUGUUGGCGUUCAUUAGGAAAAAGAAACAGAACAACGAUGGAAGGCCACGGUACAAUGGGCCAGACCCUCCGCCGAAUCGCUUUAGAAUUUGGCCUGGAUAUCGCUGGGAUGGCGUUGAUCGCUCCAAUGGAUUUGAGGCAAAGAUCAUUGCUGUGAAAAACGAGAAAUUGGCUAAAGAAGAGCAUGCGUAUAAGUGGAGUACCGAGGACAUGUGAGAAGCUAGAGGGUGAACGCUUUUCAUCUUAAGAGUAUUUGAGCAAAACUAUAUUCGCUGGGAGUAAUUGUCCGAAUGAAGAUGCUCAUACCAUAUCCAGCUGUACAUAUGAACGAUUAUGAGACAGUCUGAUUGUUAGCACCGGUCAUGCGUGUGUCUGGCUUUGAUAGGUAUAUAGAAAUGGGUAAAUAAUUAUAAUUUGUACAUAUAAUUUUUUUGUUAUAUGAUGGUAUUGUGAUUGCAUAAACAGGCUUGUUAAUAUUAAUGUACGAGUUUAUUAAUUAUAUUGAGUAGAUAAAGAGUAUGUAUAAAGAUAUUAGGUAACUCGUUCUGUAAAUUUUAUAUUUGGAAAAACAUAAUAUUUCGCUCAAGUACAACGUAAAUGUAAGCAUAGAUUCUUCUUAUCUGUAGGCCUACUUUUUCCAGUACCCAAUAUUAGGCAAUACUUCUUUGCAGUUGAUUGACUUUGUGGAUAGAAGUGUAUCUGCUUCCUAAAUACGGUUGGGAAAUGAGUCGCAAACUUGAAUUUCCGAUAUUUAAGACACAGCAAACAUCCGUUAGUAACGGAUAUUGUACAGCAAUAUUUUUGAAGUAGCUGUCACUAAUAGAUGUUUCCUAUUGACAAAAAUUAUCAAGCUGAUAUCAAUUUUUCGGCCACUGUGCAUUAACAGAGUAAGUAUUCACUUUAUAAUUUUUUCAAAAUUGUUCAUUUUAAUUCAGUAUUAUAUA